AUGGCUCAUGGGUUAGUGAUAUUCAGUGAUGUGUCCAUAGUCUUCUCUCAGGAGGAGUGGGAAUACCUGGACUUGCAACAGAGGGAUUUGUAUAGAGAUGUGAUGUUGGAGAACUACAGCAAUUUAGUCUCAUUGGGAAUCUUCAUUUCUAAACCAGAUGUGAUUUCCUUAUUGGAGGAAGGAAAAGAGCCCUGGAAAGUUAUGAGGAAAGGAAGAAUAUUACAUUCAGAUUUGGAGACCAGAUAUGAAACCAAGAGGUUAUCUUCAGAAAAUGACAUUAAUGAGAUAAACUUAGUCCAGUGGAAGAUAAUGGAAAGAAUUAACACACAUGGCCUUAAGAACCUAAUUUUAAAAUAUAAUUGUGAGUCAAAAAAAAUGUUUAAAGGACAAGAGGGAUAUUUUGGAGAAGUGAAAAUAACAUCUCAAAAAGUGUCCUCUUACCAGAAUCAUACAUCUCUUACUCCACAUCAGAGAAUUCAAUUUGUUAAGAAACUCUAUGAAUGUAAAGAAUGUGGGAAAGCCUUUAGAGUACGCCAACAACUUACUUUUCACCACAGAAUUCACACUGGUGAAAAGCCCUAUGAAUGUAAGGAAUGUGGAAUGGCCUUUAGACAGACUGUCCACCUUAAUCGACAUCAGAGACUUCAUACUGUUGAAAAACUCUAUGAAUGUAAGGAAUGUGGAGAAUCUUUCAUGUCUGGUACAGAUCUUAGAGUACAUCAGAAAAUUCAUACUAGUCAGAAGCCAUAUGAUUGUAAGGUAUGUGGGAAGGCUUUCAGAGUGCGUGGACAACUUACUCUUCAUCAGAGGAUUCAUACUGGUGAGAAACCCUAUGUAUGUACAGAAUGUGGAAAGGCCUUUAGACAGUAUGCCCACCUUACUCGACAUCAGAAGCUUAAUACUGCUGACAAACUCUAUGAAUGUAAAGAAUGUGGGAAGGCCUUUUUGUGUGGCUCUGGCCUUAGAAUACAUCACAAACUUCAUACUGGUGAGAAACCUUAUGAAUGUAAGGAAUGUGGGAAGGCUUUUAGAGUGCGACAACAACUAACACUCCACCAGAGAAUUCAUACUGGUGAGAAACCCUAUGAAUGUAAGGAAUGUGGAAAGACCUUUAGUCGUGGUUAUCAUCUUAUUCUUCAUCACAGAAUUCAUACGGGGGAGAAACCUUAUGAAUGUAAAGAAUGUUGGAAGGCUUUUAGUCGUUAUUCACAACUUAUUUCACAUCAGAGCAUCCAUAUUGGUGUUAAGCCCUAUGACUGUAAGGAAUGUGGGAAGACCUUCAGACUCCUCUCACAACUUACACAACAUCAGAGUAUUCAUAUUGGUGAGAAACCCUAUAAGUGUAAGGAGUGUGGGAAAUCCUUUAGAUUGCGCCAAAAACUCACUUUACAUCAGAGCAUUCAUACUGGGGAGAAACCCUUUGAAUGUAAGGAAUGUAGGAAGUCCUUUAGACUUAAUUCAUCACUUAUUCAACAUCUGAGAAUUCAUUCUGGGGAGAAACCCUAUGAGUGCAAGGAAUGUAAGAAGGCCUUUAGACAGCAUUCACACCUAACCCAUCAUCUGAAAAUUCAUAAUGUAAAACUAUAA